AUGAAGAAGUUAGAUGUUAAAGAAAAUGAGGAUGUUUUUGGCAGACUGCCCCUGUCUGAGUGUAAGGUGCCCCCAGAGACACAAGGUGCCCCAGAGACACAAGGUGCCCCAGAGACACAAGGUGCCCCAGAGACACAAGGUGCCCCAGAGACACAAGGUGCCCCAGAGACACAAGGUGCCCCAGAGACACAAGGUGCCCCAGAGACACAAGAGACACAAGGUGCCCCAGAGACACAAGGUGCCCCAGAGACACAAGGUGCCCCAGAGACACAAGGUGCCCCAGAGACACAAGGUGCCCCAGAGACACAAGGUGCCCCAGAGACACAAGGUGCCCCAGAGACACAAGGUGCCCCAGAGACACAAGGUGCCCCAGAGACACAAGAGACACAAGGUGCCCCAGAGACACAAGGUGCCCCAGAGACACAAGGUGCCCCAGAGACACAAGGUGCCCCAGAGACACAAGGUGCCCCAGAGACACAAGGUGCCCCAGAGACACAAGGUGCCCCAGAGACACAAGGUGCCCCAGAGACACAAGGUGCCCCAGAGACACAAGGUGCCCCAGAGACACAAGGUGCCCCAGAGACACAAGGUUCCCCCAGAGAAACUAGGUGCCCCCAGAGACACAAAGUGCCCCAGAGACACAAGGUGCCCCCGGAGACACAAGGUGCCCCAGAGACACAAGGUGCCCCAGAGACACAAGGUGCCCCAGAGACACAAGGUUCCCCCAGAGACACUAGGUGCCCCCAGAGACACAAGGUGCCCCAGAGACACAAGGUGCCCCCGGAGACACAAGGUGCCCCAGAGACACAAGGUGCCCCAGAGACACAAGGUGCCCCAGAGACACAAGGUGCCCCAGAGACACUAGGUGCCCCAGAGACACAAGGUGCCCCAGAGACACAAGGUGUCCCAGAGACACAAGGUGCCCCAGAGACACAAGGUGCCCCAGAGACACAAGGUUCCCCCAGAGACACUAGGUGCCCCCAGAGACACAAGGUGCCCCAGAGACACAAGGUGCCCCAGAGACACAAGGUGCCCCAGAGACACAAGGUGUCCCAGAGACACAAGGUGCCCCAGAGACACAAGGUGCCCCAGAGACACAAGGUGCCCCAGAGACACAAGGUGCCCCAGAGACACAAGGUGUCCCAGAGACACAAGAGACACAAGGUGCCCCAGAGACACAAGGUGCCCCAGAGACACAAGGUGCACCAGAGACACAAGGUGUCCCAGAGACACAAGGUGCCCCAGAGACACAAGGUGCCCGAGAGACACAAGGUGCCCAAGAGACACAAGGUGCCCCAGAGACACAAGGUGCCCCAGAGACACAAGGUGCCCCAGAGACACAAGGUGCCCCAGAGACACAAGGUGCCCCCAGAGACACAAGGUGCCCCAGAGACACAAGGUGCCCCAGAGACACAAGGUGCCCCAGAGACACUAGGUGCCCCAGAGACACAAGGUGCCCCAGAGACACUAGGUGCCCCAGAUACACAAGGUGCCCCAGAGACACUAGGUGCCCCAGAGACACAAGGUGCCCCAGAGACACAAGGUGCCCCAGAGACACUAGGUGCCCCAGAGACACAAGGUGCCCCCAGAGACACUAGGUGCCCCCAGAGACACAAGGUGCCCCCAGAGACACAAGGUGCCCCCAGAGACACAAGGUGUCCCAGAGACACAAGGUGCCCCCAGAGACCCCAGAAGACACCUCCACCCACUUCCAGACACCUCCACCCACUUCCAGACACCUCCACCCACUUCCAGACACCUCCACCCACUUCCAGACACCUCCACCCACUUCCAGACACCUCCACCUACUUCCAGACACCUCCACCCACUUCCAGACAUCUCUACCCACUUCCAGACACCUCCACCCACUUCCAGACACCUCCACCCACUUCCAGACACCUCCACCCACUUCCAGACACCUCCACCCACUUCCAGACACCUCCACCCACUUCCAGACACCUCCACCCACUUCCAGACACCUCCACCUACUUCCAGACACCUCCACCCACUUCCAGACAUCUCUACCCACUUCCAGACACCUCCACCCACUUCCAGACACCUCCACCCACUUCCAGACACCUCCACCCACUUCCAGACACCUCCACCCACUUCCAGACACCUCCACCCACUUCCAGACAUCUCCACCCACUUCCAGACACCUCCACCCACUUCCAGACACCUCCACCCACUUCCAGACACCUCCACCCACUUCCAGACACCUCCACCCACUUCCAGACACCUCCACCCACUUCCAGACACCUCCACCCACUUCCAGACACCACCAUUCACGUUCUCACAAUUCCAGACACCUUUUCAUGCUUCACAUAUCACAUAAUCCCACUACACAGUUCCAGAUACCGCAGUAAGAAAUACCAAGGAACUACCAUACCGCUCCAGACACUUGCCGAAGGUUCCAGACGCCUUCCAGAUCCAUCCAGAUAUGCCUCAGCAUAUUCAGCAGGCCUCGCCAGGACCUUAUAA